ACGCAGUGACAGAGAGGACCGCUAAAGGGUUCAGGGUUUUACCUCAAACCCCCCAUAAACCCUAAAACCAGAGACCCCCACAACCAUGACGCGCUUCCCUCCACCCUCCACGCCACGCCUCCUUUACACCCUCUACAGAUCUAGAACGGCGACGUCUCCUCCUUCCCCGUCCCCAUCGGCAGCGUCUUCCCUCCUCGUCGGCGCCUUCCACUUCCGCCAAUUCUCCUCCGGCAACCUCGCGCGCGCCAAGGAGGACAAGGAGCCAUGGUGGAAGGACUCCAUGGACAAGCUUCGGAACAUCGGAAUCUCGGCCCACAUCGACUCCGGCAAGACCACCCUCACUGAGAGAGUUCUGUUUUACACCGGGAAGAUCCACGAGAUUCACGAGGUUCGAGGCAGAGACGGCGUGGGUGCGAAAAUGGAUUCCAUGGAUUUGGAGAGGGAGAAGGGGAUCACCAUUCAGUCUGCUGCCACUUACUGUACUUGGAAUGGCUAUCAGAUUAACAUAAUUGACACCCCAGGUCACGUUGAUUUCACCAUCGAGGUUGAGAGAGCUCUGCGUGUCCUUGAUGGUGCCAUUCUUGUCCUUUGUAGUGUUGGUGGAGUGCAAAGUCAGUCAAUUACUGUUGAUCGGCAAAUGAAAAGAUAUGAGGUUCCAAGAAUUGCAUUUAUAAACAAACUUGACCGAAUGGGAGCCGAUCCCUGGAAAGUUCUGAACCAGGCACGGGCUAAGCUCCGCCAUCACAGUGCUGCCAUGCAAGUUCCAAUUGGGUUGGAAGAAGAUUUUAAGGGUCUUAUUGACCUUGUGCAGAUGAAAGCUUACUAUUUUCAUGGUCCCAAUGGUGAAAACAUUGUUACUGAAGAAGUUCCUGCUGAUAUGGAGGAGUUCGUCACAGAAAAGAGGCGCGAGCUAAUUGAAGUUGUAUCUGAAGUUGAUGACAAACUAGCUGAAGCAUUCCUUGAUGAUGAGCCCAUAUCACCUACUGAUCUUGAGGAAGCUGUGCGGAGGGCUACUGUAGCAAGGAAGUUUAUCCCUGUGUUCAUGGGUAGUGCAUUUAAAAACAAGGGUGUACAGCCACUUUUGAAUGCUGUUCUUAAUUAUUUGCCUUGUCCGACUGAAGUCAGUAACUAUGCUCUUGACCAGACUAAUGAUGAAGAGAAGGUUACAUUAGGUGGAACUCCGGAUGGGCCUCUUGUAGCAUUGGCUUUCAAAUUGGAGGAAGGGCGUUUUGGUCAGUUAACAUAUCUAAGAAUCUAUGAAGGUGUCAUUCGGAAGGGUGAUUUUAUUUUUAACAUUAAUACCGGUAAAAGGAUUAAGGUUCCUCGCUUGGUUCGUAUGCAUUCCAAUGAGAUGGAGGAUAUUCAAGAGGCACAUGCUGGGCAAAUCGUUGCUGUUUUUGGAGUGGACUGUGCAUCAGGAGAUACCUUUACUGAUGGGUCGGUUAAAUAUACAAUGACUUCUAUGAGUGUCCCCGAGCCAGUGAUGUCGUUAGCUGUUCAACCAGUUUCAAAAGAUUCUGGAGGACAAUUCUCAAAGGCUUUGAAUCGUUUUCAGAAAGAGGAUCCAACAUUUCGUGUUGGCUUGGAUCCUGAGAGCGGACAGACAAUCAUCUCUGGGAUGGGAGAGCUGCAUUUGGACAUUUACGUUGAACGCAUUCGGAGAGAAUAUAAGGUUGAUGCCACUGUUGGAAAACCUCGUGUUAACUUCAGAGAGACUGUUACUCAGCGGGCUGAGUUUGAUUAUUUACAUAAGAAGCAAUCUGGAGGACAAGGUCAAUAUGGGCGGGUAUGUGGGUAUAUUGAACCACUCCCUGCUGACUCACAGACCAAGUUUGAAUUUGAAAACAUUAUUGUGGGACAAGCUAUACCAUCAAAUUUUAUUCCAGCCAUUGAGAAGGGUUUCAAAGAAGCAGCCAAUUCGGGUUCAUUAAUUGGACAUCCAGUUGAGCAUGUUCGUAUUGUAUUAACCGAUGGCGCUUCCCAUGCCGUGGACUCCAGUGAACUUGCCUUUAAAUUAGCUGCAAUAUAUGCAUUUAGAAAGUGCUAUACGGCGGCAAGACCAGUGAUAUUAGAGCCUGUUAUGCUGGUGGAAUUGAAAGUACCGAUAGAGUUUCAGGGUACUGUUGCUGGUGAUCUUAACAAGAGAAAAGGUAUCAUUAUUGGAAAUGACCAGGAAGGAGAUGACUCUGUUAUUACUGCCCAAGUACCUCUGAACAACAUGUUUGGGUAUUCGACUUCUCUUCGGUCAAUGACUCAGGGAAAAGGCGAAUUCACAAUGGAGUACAAAGAGCACUCGCCGGUUUCUAAUGAUGUGCAGGCUCAACUAGUCAAGAACUACAAGGGCACCACUGCUGCUGAAUAGCUUACGACGUGCAGAUGGAAUUGAUAAACAACUACGUGAGCACCACUGCUGCUAAACAGCAAGUGUUUCGACCGAUACGUUACUCCUGCCGGAGGCCGCCGUUUUUUAUACAACGCUGUUUUUCGACCUUCAAUUUUGUUAAAUUUUUUAGGAAGAAAGAGUCAGGUAAUUUCCAUGAUCCAUAAUUUUGAAAGACCAGAACAACCCUAAAUUGCUUAUAGGCUGAUAUUCUGCAUCAACUGUGUAUCAUAUAGUUUACACCUUUUCAUUAUUUUUGGUUGAAUAAUUUUACUAUUUACCAUUAAAUAUUAAAAGUUUGUCCUUCAUAGA